AUGACGAGUUUACGACAAGGUGCCACCGUUUCGCAGGACUGCAUAACUGCCUUUAACGACCUGAAGCUUAACAAGAAGUACAAGUACAUCGUCUACAAGCUUUCCGACGACUACAAGGAGAUCGUUGUCGAGCACGCCUCCGACAACAGCGACUGGGAGGACUUCCGUGAGAAGCUCGUCAACGCUACCUCCAAGAGCCGAACUGGCGCUGUUGGCAAGGGUCCCCGUUACGCCGUCUAUGACUUCGAGUACAGCCUGGCCUCUGGCGAUGGUAUCCGAAACAAGAUCACCUUUAUCGCCUGGUCUCCCGAUGAUGCCGGUAUCCAGCCCAAGAUGAUCUACGCUUCCUCCAAGGAGGCUCUUAAGCGAUCGCUCACUGGCAUUGCCACCGAGCUUCAGGCUAACGACACUGAUGACAUUGAAUACGACUCCAUCCUCAAGACCGUCAGCAAGGGUCUUGCUGGUUAA